UUCAGCUCAGCUAAUGAGCAGAAGGAACCAAUAGAGGUGUGCGGGAGGAGUUGAGGGUUUCCUUUUCAAUCCGUUGGAACGAAGCUUCUCCUGUUAUUUUUGAUACUACGUUUCUCUCCUCCGCUUGCUCGCUCCUUGCCGGCGAACGUUCGCAAUGUCUUAGGGCAAUGGUUUGAAGAAGAUUUAAAUCUUUGGACAAACUUAAGGAGAGCACUUGCUUCUUUUAAAGGAAGAAAAGCAAAUAAAGAGAAAUUGAUUUGCCUUGAAGAAGAUAACCAAAAAAAGGAAAAAAUUAGCUUAUUACUUUUUUUAUUUUCCUAGGAGGUUUCACUCUCAAUGGUUCAAAAAACAACUGACAAGUUCACUGAUCAGAGACUCUUUAGUUCCAGAAAUGUCACAACUGCUUCGGACAUGCAUUAUCCCAUCUCCAUAAAUAGAAUGUCUCUGAGUGAAUUGCCAAAUGAAUCAGGGGGCAUCAUGAAAUCACCAUUAGGCUCUGUGCAGCCUAUAAAAGUACAAGACAAUUCAGAUUCAGCCAACUUAGUUGGUAACAAGAGGCAACAAGGAGAAUGCUCAUCAACUCCACCUGCUAGGAAUCAAGCUCUAGCUACUAAUGGUUCAACUGGUCAUCUUGUCUAUGUUCGUAGAAAGCCUGAAACUGAGCAUGGAAAGACGAAUACAACUUCUAAUGGUGAGAUAGCCUGCUCAUCAGGGCUAAGGAAAUUUAGCAUUGAGGCGUCGUCGAAAACUGAAACACAACAGGAACAGACUACGAAGCCAGAAGAUCAGAACAAGGCUGCUGAAGAAGCUCCAAGCCUUCUUGAAUCUCAGAAAGAGAUCACUAACUAUUGGACUGAGAGGUUCAAUCGCCUUCAGGAUCGUCUGCAGUACUUGGAUAAGUUAGGCUCAAAGAAUUAUGCAGAGAGGUUUCGAAAUUUCUCGAUCGAGGAGCUGAACAAACAUGCUAUUGAGCUGGAGAAGCGAGCAAUUCACCUCUCACUUGAGGAAGUUUUACAGUCGAACCGCGUCAAAGAUCUCAAUCUCUUGGGAAAAUCUUCUUAAUGAGAUUGCCCAUUGCUUUCUCCAAUAUGAAGACCAUUUAAGCAGGUGCCAUGAU